AUGCGUUUCUUGCUGAAUAUCCUAGGCUUUGCCUUGUCCCUCAUCCCUAUGGUCUGCGCUGGGUUUGAUCCUAGCUCAUCUUCCAACAUUGCAGUGUACUGGGGACAGAAUUCGUAUGGUCAGGGUAGCGGCCCCUUUGCUCAGCAGAAUCUUGCCUAUUACUGCUCUAACACCGAAAUCGAUAUUAUUCCCGUUGCGUUCAUGAACGGCAUCACUCCUCCUAUUACAAACUUUGCCAACGCGGGAAACAACUGCACCACAUUUACUGAUAACCCAAAUCUCCUGAACUGUACACAGAUUGCAAAUGAUAUCACAACCUGUCAAAAAUCCUACGGUAAAACAAUUCUUCUGUCACUCGGAGGUGCCACGUAUACUCAGGGAGGCUGGUCGUCUACUACUGAUGCCCAAAUUGCGGCACAGACAGUGUGGAACAUGUUUGGCCCCAUGACUGGUGUCGACGUUGAUCGUCCUUUUGGAGAUGCUGUUGUCGACGGAUUUGAUUUCGAUUUUGAGUCAACAGUCAGCAAUCUUGAGGCAUUUGGUGCUAAGCUUCGGAGCUUAAUGGAUGCUGCUGUUGACAAGAAAUACUAUCUCUCCGCUGCACCUCAGUGUGUCUUCCCAGAUGCUGCUGAUGGCACAACACUCGAUGCUGUGGCUUUCGAUCUUAUCCUGGUGCAGUUCUAUAAUAACUGGUGCGAGACAUCGAACUUCCAAGUUGGAUCUUCUACUCAGUCCGCCUUUAACUUUGGCGUGUGGGAUAAUUGGGCCAAGAACAGUCCAAACCCUCACGUGAAGGUACUUUUAGGCAUUCCAGCCAAUACCGGUGCUGCAGGCGCCGGUUACACCAGUGGGUCCCAGCUCCAGGCUGCUAUCUCUUAUUCCAAGCAGUAUAGUAGCUUCGGGGGAGUCAUGAUGUGGGACAUGUCGCAGCUCUAUGCAAAUACAGGAUUCCUUGGUCAGGUUGUUAGUGAUCUCAGUUUCUCCAGCUCUCCCACUGCAACUUCGACCACAAAUACUGCUACAACUACAACCGCGUCAAGCUCCAGCCCCAUUUCUAGUGGUGGGAACCUCGUUGCUCAAUGGGGCCAGUGUGGCGGUGAUGGAUAUGCCGGUCCUACUCAGUGUCAGCCUCCGUACAAGUGCGUCUUUGGCGGCCAGUACUGGUCUUCAUGUCAGUAA